AACACAAUUCACGGUUGAUUUUACAUUCUUAUAAAUGCAAAAACAGAAGAACAUGAAAAACAUAAGCAGGAAGAAAUUGAUUGUGCAUAAAUAUUUGUUCCAUCAAACAGCUCUAGAUAUAUCGCCAUUAAUGCUGUUCAUUCUGCUAAUUUCAGGGUUAUCCACAAUUUCCUUUGCACAAAGCGAUCUAAGAUGCCAACAAAACUGGUCACAGUUUGGAUCACGCUGCUUCAGGAUCUUCACAACCCCAACAAACUGGAAUGAUGCAGAGAAAAAUUGUGUGACCAUGGGAGGGCAUCUUGCAUCUUUGCACAACAAGGAAGAGUACGCAUUCAUCCAGGGUUUAGUCCUAAGUAAAACAGGUUCCAAUGCAGAAACUUGGUUGGGUGCCACCGAUGUAAUACAGAAUUUAGUUUGGGUGUGGACUGAUGGAUCAGCAUUUGAUUACUACAACUGGUCCGCUGGACAACCUGAUAAUAAUAUGCAGUCGGAGCACUGUUUGGAGAUGAAUUUUCCAGUUUGUUGGAAUGAUAUGCCUUGCACUAACCUAUACCCAUCAGCUUGUGCUAAGGCAGCCAUCCCAGCUAAACUCAUAUCAGUGAUACAACUCAAAAUAAAGUCAGUUAACAACUUACUGGAAUCUGACAUGGAAAUAAUUGCUCAACAGGUCAAACAGAAGUUGAUAAACAGUGGAAUGCCAAGCAAUGCUACACUCAAAUUGAAAAGUACAUAUAAGAAACCAUGGACAGUAAUGCUGUUCAUUUUGCUAAUUUCAGGUUUCUCUACACUUUCCGUCGCACAAAGUGAUCUAAGAUGCCAACAUAACUGGACACAGUUCGAAUCACGAUGCUUCAGGAUCUUUACAACAAGCAGCAACUGGAUGGGUGCAGAGCAAAAUUGUGUGAAAAUGAACGGUCAUCUUGCAUCUUUGCACAGCAAAGAAGAGUACACUUUCGUCCAGGAUUUAGUUGUAAGUGCAACAGGUUCCAAUGCAGAAACUUGGUUGGGUGCCACCGAUGUAUUACAGGAAAAAGUUUGGGUGUGGACUGAUGGAUCAGCAUUUGAUUACCGCAACUGGUCUGCUGGACAACCUGAUGAUUUUUUGCAGUUAGAGCACUGCUUGGAGAUGAAUUUUCCAGUUCGUUGGAAUGAUGCACCCUGCUCUAACAAAUUCCCAUCAGCUUGUGCUAAAGCAGCCAUGCCUGCUAAAAUCAUAUCAGUUAUUAAAAUCAACAUAAAUUCUACAAAAGACUCAAUGGAAUCUGACAUGGAAGAACUUGUUAAAAAGUUAAAACAGAAGCUGAUGGACAGUGGAAUGCCAAGCAAUGCUACACUUCAAUUAAAAAGGAUAUAUAAGAAAACCACAUAGCCAAUUUUUAAAAUUGUAAACACUACAAAACAUUAGUAUUUUUUAAUGUUUAGAUAGAUAGAUAGAUAGAUAGAUAGAUAGAUAGAUAGAUAGAUAGAUAGAUAGAUAGAUAGACAG